CUGUUCUAGAGGCUUCAAAUAAGGCAGAUGAUGCAGAAGCUAUUAAGAAAUCAAGAAAUUAUUACAAAGCCUGUGUAAAUGAAGGAAGGGGAAAUAAUUACUUGCCUCUGAUUGAUGUAGGUGUAACACAGGACGACAAACAUCCCACGAAGCAUAUACUUUAUAUUGAUCAGCCAGAUCUCGGUAUGCCCAGCCGAGACUAUUAUUUAAAGGGGAGAGAUGAUAAAACAUUGAUGGCUUAUCAGACAAUGAUACAAGAAAGUGCUGUUGCCUUUGGCGCUGACGAGAUCACCGCGGCAAAUGACGCAAAGGACAUUGUCGACAUAGAAAUUGAACUUGCAAACAUAACUGUGCCUAAAGAAGAGAGGAGAGAUCCCGAGAAACUUUACAACAAAAUGACCCUCGGAGAAUUAAGUAAUAAUUUCACUGGAGUAGACUGGAAGAAACUUGUCAAGGGAACCAUGCAGAUUAUUGGCUUAUCUAUUGACGAUUCUGAACCUGUUCUUGCCAUAGCCCCACCGUUCUUAGAGAAGAUUGGAGAUCUUCUAACUAAAUAUUCAUCCCGAGUUAUCGUCAACUAUGUUUUGUCGAGGCGAGUUUUAGGAAAAACAUUAUAUCUUCCAAAGGUUUUUACUGAUAUCAAGUUAAAAUACAGAAAGUCUCCGAGAUGGCAGUCUUGUGGUGACAAUGUUAAAAAUACGAUGCCGGAAGUUGUUGGGCGAUUGUUUGUGGAAGAUGCAUUCAGGAAAGAAGCAAAGAAAGACGUGUUAGACUUGGUUGGUAAAUUGAGGGUAUCAUUUAAAGGAAUGAUUGACGACCUACCAUGGAUGGAGAGUGCCACUAAGCAAGUUGCAAAGGAAAAGGCAGAUUUUAUCGAGCCUAGGAUAGGCUACUCAGAUGUUGUGUAUAACGAUAGCGCCUUAAAUGAUAUGUAUGAAAAUGUGACUGUAUACACGGACGAUCCGUUACGGACGCUUAUCAGCGCCUCCGAAGCUGCCGUCAUUAAACGCCUUUAUGAUCUCAGAAAAGACGUAGACAAAAAUGAUUGGGAAAUGUCUCCUGCAACUGUGAACGCCGGUUACAACCCUGAAACCAACCAGAUCACGUUCCCCGCCGCAAUUCUUCAGCCACCGUUUUAUUCCCACGACCAGCCAGCGUAUCUCAAUUAUGGCGGCAUCGGAUAUGUCAUAGGUCAUGAAAUAACACAUGGUUUUGAUGAUCAAGGUCGACUCUAUGACAAAAUUGGUAAUUUGCAUAGUUGGUGGUCAGACACGGAUGCUGCAAAAUUUAAAGAACGUGCUCAGUGCAUUAUUGACCAGUAUAGUAAUUUUACAGUUCCAGGAACCGGAGGAAUGACUUUAAACGGCGUCAACACACAAGAAAAAUUUCAAAGUACGAGUCUAAUUUUUGAUAUUCCAAUUCGAGCCACAGAUGCCCUGAGGAAGUUUGGUCAUGAAUGCGGUGCUAAACAUCCUGAGCUGCUGACUUCAACAUUAUUUAGAAAACACAUUGCCGUGAUGGCUCAAAUGCUCAACCUGAAAGAAAAUGAGUUGGAUGUGCUUGCAGGAUUCCUUGGCCACGAUGUACGUAUUCAUAGGGAGUUUUACCGACUCCCAGAGGAUACCACUCAGGUUGGUGCACUUUGA